CAAAAAUCCCGCGCAAUAAAAUGUGGAGGCAGAUCCUUCGACACUGAUGAACUAGGUACCAAACUUAUCACGUUUAUGGGUGGUCGCAGGUUUGUCUGUGAUUCUGGUUCGGAAAAGGAGGACUCUGACGUCACAAGAGCCUUGGACUGGCAGAGGAUUGGGCGCCGAGUCUGGCGAAGAGCCGCAGAGUACCUGCUCCAAGGUUUCAUGCUCAGGCCGCUCUCUAUAGAGGUGAAAAAGCGUUUAGUCAGACGAGCAAGGUUGGAGAAGAAUAAGGACCUGCGUCGGCCACAAGAAGACAUUAUAGGCUCUGACAAUGAAACUGCCAAGGACGUGAUUCUGAGAAUUGGCCGGAUAAAUCUAUUCCACCUUGUCAUAAAUCCCGAAGAUUUUGCUCUGUCUGUCGAAAAUAUCUUCCACCUCUCAUUCCUGAUUCGUGAAGGGAAAGCUGGUUUAGAGUUUGAAAACGGCGAACCAAUGAUGUAUCCUUGUUCUGAGGAACAUGCUCCAGGAAGCGAUGAAGACGCUCCAAGACGGUCAAGCCAACUAAUCAUGGAAUUUGACCACGCAACGUGGAAAGUGAGAUGGUCAAUGUUGGGUGUAGGAAGUACCGCAGACUUAUCUAAUACAUCUCAUACCAGCGUGGGAUGGAACGUUAAAUGA